AUGUAUUCCCAUCGCGGCAUGGGGGCUGUUCCCCCAAGCAACACGUCUCGUCUCAACGAGCUUCUCGAGCAAAUUCGUGCCGAGUUUGAUACCCAAAUGCGACAGAGCGAAGGCUUUGAGCAUCAGAUCUCUGCUCAGGUCAGCGAAAUGCAGCUUGUUCGAGAAAAGGUUUACAGCAUGGAGCAGACGCACAUGACUUUGAAGCAAAAGUACGAGGAAGAAAUCGCCAUGCUCCGCCACCAACUCGAGGCCGCUCGCAAAGGUGGCCCUGCCCCUGGUAUGCCCGGUCCUCCCCAGCACGCCGGCCCUUCUCAACCACCUUCCAUUACUCCCGGCAACGGACUCUUCAGUGGUAUCAUGGCCGGUGGUAACCAGCAAGGCCUAGCUCCUCCCCAGCAGCAUGGCCCUCCUCAGGAGCAGAUGGGGCCUCAGCACCAAAUGGGUCAAGGUCCUCCUGGUCUUCCCGGCCCUCCUCACCCCAACGCCCAGCAGCCACCGUACCAACAGGGCUACCCCCAAGGCCCUCCGGCCCCAAACGGCAUUGGCCCCCAGCCCCCUCAGGCCACCGCUUCUCCAGGCCCUAGAGGCGGUCGUGGCGUUGGCCGGCCCCCGAACGCCGUUGGCCCUGCCACUCCGCAGAUCAACACUCCGGCGCCGUAUCCUGCUAAUGCUUCGCCGCAAGUUAGCCACCCUACCCCCGACCACCGCCUCGGCCCGCGUCCUCCUCCGGUGGGGAAUUCCCUUGGUGACCUCGAGGUCGAUUCUGUUGCUCCUCACAACAAGAAGACUGGCAAUGAUUGGUACGCCAUCUUCAACCCUCAAGUUCAGCGCAUUCUUGACGUCGACCUGGUCCACUCUCUCACCCACGAGAGUGUUGUCUGUUGCGUGAGAUUUAGCCAUGACGGCAAAUACAUUGCCACUGGCUGCAAUCGCUCUGCGCAAAUCUUUGAUGUCCAGACAGGUGAGAAGAUCCUCACCCUUGAGGACCAUGGUGCCCAAGACAUGACUGCCGAUCUGUACAUCCGUAGCGUCUGCUUCAGCCCUGAUGGCCGCUAUCUUGCCACUGGUGCUGAAGAUAAGCUCAUCCGAGUCUGGGACAUCCAGAAUCGCACUAUCCGCAACCACUUCUCGGGCCACGAGCAGGACAUAUAUUCCCUCGACUUUGCCCGCGAUGGCCGCACCAUUGCAUCCGGCUCUGGCGACCGGACCGUUCGACUCUGGGAUAUCGAGUCUGGUACCAAUACUUUGACCCUCACUAUCGAGGAUGGCGUCACAACUGUGGCCAUUUCUCCUGACACCCAGUAUGUCGCUGCUGGUUCGCUCGAUAAGAGCGUUCGCGUCUGGGACAUCCACUCCGGUUUCUUAGUGGAACGCCUCGAGGGCCCAGACGGACAUAAGGACUCUGUCUACUCCGUGGCGUUCUCGCCAAACGGAAAGGAUCUCGUCUCUGGUUCUCUGGACCGAACCAUCAAGAUGUGGGAGCUCAAUGGCCCUCGCGGCGGUCCCAAUGCUCAGCCGAAAGGUGGAAAGUGCGUGAAGACUUUCGAGGGUCACCGCGACUUCGUCCUUUCCGUCGCCCUCACCCCCGACGCCAACUGGGUGCUUUCGGGCUCUAAGGACCGCGGCGUGCAGUUCUGGGACCCCCGUACCGGUACUACACAGCUUAUGCUCCAGGGCCACAAGAAUUCGGUCAUUUCCGUAGCUCCCAGCCCUGCGGGUAGCUACUUCGCCACCGGUUCUGGCGACAUGAAGGCUCGCAUUUGGUCGUACCGUAAUUAUUAA